GGGACCGGGACCGGGACCGGGAGCAGGAGCAGGAGCGGGAUCGGGAUUGCGAUCGGGAGCGGACCGGGAGCGGAGCAGGAGCGGGAUCGGCACCGGGAUCGGACCGGGAUUGGGGUCGGGGUCGAGAACGGGAUGGGGAUCGGACCGGCACCGGGAGCGGGAUCGGAACGGGACGGAGAGCGGGAUCGGGACCGGGGGAGGCAUCACGUUUGCGAUCGGGAUCAACAUCAGGACUGGGACCGGGAUUGGGGUCGGACCGGGACCGGCACCGGCACCGGGACGGAGCCCGGCCGCAGCAUGUGCGGGUGGCGGGACAUGCCGGCGGAGGCGCUGGAGCACCAGUACUCCCCGAGCCGCUGGUCCCCCCGCCUGGGCACGGACACCGUCAUCCAGGCCCACAUCGCGGCCACGGCGGCAGGAACCCGGCGGGCCCGGGCGGCCGCGCAGACCUCGCUGCACGUCCCCUACGGCGACGGGGACGGCGAGAAGCUGGACGUCUAUUUUCCCGCGGACCCUUCUGGAACCUUCCCGGUCCUGGUCUACAUCCACGGCGGGUACUGGCAGUGCCUGAGUAAAGACGAGGCGGGGUUCGCGGCCCCCCCGCUGGUGUCGCGGGGCGUCGCGGUGGUGGCGGUGGGUUACGACACAGCCCCCAAAGGCCGCAUGGACGACAUGGUGCUGCAGGUGCGGCGCAGCCUCGCCUUCCUGCUGCGGCGGUACCCCGGGAUCGGAGGCCUUUACCUGUGCGGGCACUCGGCCGGGGCCCACUUGGCAGCCAUGGUGUUGUCCACGGACUGGACGGAAUUCGGAGUGGUGCCGGAUAUCAAAGGAGCCGUGCUGGUGAGCGGCAUCUACGACCUGGAGCCCAUCCUGCACACCUAUGUGAACGAUGCGCUGAACAUGAGCCGGGAGGUGGCGCAGAGGAACAGCCCCAUGCUCCGCGUCGCCCCAGCAGCGCCUGCAGCCGCGGCCUGUGAGGUGCUCGUGGCUGUAGCCCAGCACGACUCCCCGGAGUUCCGCAGGCAGUCGCAGGAGUACGGCCAGGUGAGCUCCGGGGAGCAGCCUGCCCAGCUCCGCAGGGACGCUGCGCCCGCCGGCCCACUAAGCUGGGGUGAAGAGCCCGUGGGCCGUGCCAGAGCAGUAUUUCUGCUGCUGUGCGAUGGCUGCUGUCGAAGACGCUGGCGGCUCAGGGGAAGACGCCGGUCCCUGCCAAGCUGUCGGUGCUGUGGCCCCGUCCGGGGCGGAUGGGGGUCAGGGUCCCUCCUGCCCGUGCCUCUCUCUCCGCAGGCCCUGCGUGCAGCCGGCUGGUCCGUCUCCAUGCUGGAUCUCGCUGGCGUGGAUCACUUUGACAUCAUUGAGAAGCUGUCGGAGGAGAGCUACAUCCUCACCCAGGUGAUUCUGAACAUGAUUUCAAAAGCUUGAUGGCACGUCGGGAGCAAACAGAGAUGGGAAGCACAGCCCUGCCCGGCUGCCCUGGCUGCAGCUCUGCAGCACAGGGCAGCUGCUGCCUCCACACCCUCUGUGCCCCCCCCCCGCUCCAUCCAGCCUGCAGCCAGGCCGGGGGGCUCGGGGCAGGGGAGUACCAGUUAUCACCGAUUCUCGCCUGGGCUGGUGUUUCUUUGCUGGGGUGUUCCUGCCCAUCUGGAGCACGCAGGCUCUGUCUGGAUGACCGGGUGAUGAAGUUUGCUCCCUCCAUUUGCUUUAAACUGCUUAUUGCUUAUACAAAAUAAAAUAGGAAUAAUUGCU